AUUAGCAACCAAGUGGGGAAGAUUUUGAUGGUCAGAAAAAAACAUACAAAUACAUUAGUGAGAGCAAAAAUAAAUUAUUUCUGUUGGAUUUAUCAACGAGUCAAGACCAAGAUUAUUAAUCGAGAAAAAAUUUCAGAUUUCAAGAUGAAGAUAGUCAUUGUGACAUUGAUGGUAAUGCUGAUAAUUGCAACAAUAACAACAACAACAGUAUCAGCAGAAGAACAAGAUGAAUAUAUUCAUUUACCAGGUAAAAAUUGUGACGAUGCACCAGAGUGUCCAGAUAAUAGACCAUGUGUAAUGGCUAAACCUCGUUGUAAUGCUGGUACUUGUGGAACUGCACCUGUUCCAAUUUGUGGACGAAAAAUUUAAAUUUUCAAUCGAAAAAAAAAAAACAAGAUCUUUGUGAAAUUAUUUUUAAAAAAUUAAUACUUUAUUUGUAAUUAAAUAAAUAAAAAAAAAAUUGUUAAUUAAAAU